GUUUUCUGCUCCCCGGAAACGACAUCCACUUCUUUAGUUCCUAGCGGGCUUGUUUCCGCCCGGUGACAGGACGCUGACGGACCGCUGCAGCAUGGCGGCGGAUGGUUCAUCAUCGGAGACAAUGACAGAAGAAGAGAAGGAGAAACAACAGAUGAUUCACGGGGCAGCGUUUCUGACCACGGUGGCGUCCGCAGGGAUGAUCGCAGGGUUCGGCUCCACGUUGGCGCUGGCCAAGAAAAAAAGCCCCGACUGGUUUAAUAAGGGGGCGGUGUCGACGGCGGCAGUGCCGGAGAGCGGAGCGUCUCUGGCUCUCCGAGCUCUGGGGUGGGGGUCUCUGUUUGCCUGGUGUGGAGUCGGUCUGCUCAGUGUCGCUGUGUGGAAAGUUCUUGGUGUUCACUCUUUGUCAGAGUUCAGACUGAAGAUGCAGUCCCUCUUCCCCUCCAUCCCAAAGUCGCCCGAGGCCACAGCUGGAUCUGAACCUCUGGACUGGGACUCUGUCUUCAAGUCAAAGUGACGUCAUCCUGCUGACGACCAAUCAAAUGAGAUUUAAAAUAUCAACGACACUCAGCAGCUGUUUGUCAUCAGAGUUCAGCAGUUCAGUCCCGGUCCUGGUCUCUGUCCUGGUUUCAGUCCCGGUCCUGGUCUCUGUCCUGGUUUCAGUCCCGGUCCUGGUCUCUGUCCUGGUUCCAGUUGAAGCUGUUCGAGCUCCACCCACUUCUGGGUUCAGAGGUUUUUCCUCAGACUCUUUAUUUAUUUUAUUUAAAUCAGUUUUACUAAAAUCAAGAUUCAAGUCGAUGGAAAACUUUGGUGAGUCAGAACUGAUUUUGUGGUGUUAAUAUUAUGACAUAAUAAAAUAUGAAUUCA